AUGACCAAGGGUACUUCGAGUUUCGGAAAGCGCCACAACAAGACGCACACUCUGUGCCGUCGUUGCGGUCGCCGUUCUAUGCACGUCCAGAAGCACGAGUGCUCUAGCUGCGGUUUCCCUUCGGCCAAGAUCCGGAAGUACAACUGGAGCGAGAAGGCGAAGCGGAGGAAGACCACCGGCACUGGCCGCAUGCGGACUCUCAGCACCGUUGCCCGGCGGUUCAAGAACGGUUUCCAGACCGGCGCGGCCACCAGCUCGCGGGGGCCUGCACGCACCUAG